AUUGUAGUGGGAAGUGUAGGUGAGAGCAGUGUUGCAGGAGCAGUGUUGCAGGGAGGAGCAGUGUUGCAGGAGCAGUGUUGCAGCAGCCUGCACGGCCUGCACCUGCCACUACCAUUAUCUCAGCUGGGGAAGAUGACUCUACAGGCUAUAAAGUGGCAGGAUAACCAGCUGUACGUGCUGGACCAGCUGCUGCUGCCUUUGGAGAGUCAAUACAUCAAUGUGAGGGACGUGAAGGAUGGAUGGCAGGUCAUCAGUAAGAUGCAGGUUCGUGGAGCUCCUGCGAUUGCAAUAGUAGGCUGCUUGAGUCUUGCUGUUGAACUAAUUAAUACAUCAUUUGAGGAUAAAGAUGAACUGCUAGACACUAUAAACAAGAAACUGGACUAUCUAGUGACAGCACGACCCACAGCAGUCAACUUACAGAAAGCAGCUGAAGAAUUGAAAGCCAUCAGCAAGAAACUAUAUGAAGAUAAUUUAUCUGUGGAAGAUAUGGUCAAACUGGUGUCUAGUUGGUGUCAGAAGAUGUUAGAUGAUGAUAUUAACACCAACAAGAAAAUUGGCUGGUUCGGCGCUGAGUCGAUAUUAAAAUCGGCAGGUGGCAGGAAUGUGCAGUUACUGACGCAUUGCAACACUGGCUCCCUUGCAACGGCCGGCUAUGGCACAGCGCUCGGUGUUAUUCGUUCCAUUCAUGAACAGGGACGCUUAGGUAAGCUUACAAGCUGCUUGUUCAUUAUGAGAAGAGUGUACAAAUGGGCUACAGUGAAUCCUCAGUUUAAUUAACUAAUAGAAGGGAGG